CCGCCCCCGUGCCAACGAAUUGCCAAAUAUGAUUUCAGAAACUUCACCGUUCCAGUAUUCUUUUGCGCGAGCAACAGCACAUGCAUCUCUUCCAGACGGAACUCUAGGCGGCUAUAAAUCUCUUCGAUCGCUUUUCUCUACCCCUGUAAAACCGUCUGCUUCUCGAGGCUCAAUUCAAAAAAUGUCUUCAGACAGUAUGACUCCAUCGCUGGAUUAUUCCCCAUCACGAUCAUCGUCUUCACUGUCGUCUAGUUCUGCCAUGCCGGCCUCCCCUAUUAUCAGUGGUGUCCCCAAUUUCUAUCGUUUUCAGCUUGGAGGAAUAUACAACACUUCAUGUGACGCCACGGAGCUGGUUCCGAAUCAAACCGAUGUGUCUCCAGUGAUUCAUCGAUCACCCUCUCGCUCCUUUCGACUACGUCCUGCCGAUUUCACCGAGGCCACUGUCUCUGAAGGCAGCGGUAAUUUCAUUCCGGGAAAGGAAAAGGCUUCAGCGGAUACGGUCUGCAAACAUGUCGACUCUUUGUUUUCUCCUUUUGUGUUACAAACGCCCAAAAAAUCUCCCACAGCUUCAGCGGCGCUUGCCGCCGUGGCAACGUUGUCGAGUCCCUUGACUCCCGUGACUGAUGACGAAUCUAUCGCUGAUCCGUCCUUCAUGAAGGACAGUCUUCCGCAGAAUGUCCCUUCGUCUCUCGCCAUCCACAGCGCGCGAAAACGACCCUACGAACUUGAAAAUUCUCCAUCGCCCGCUUGUCCGCCUAAACGAGCGCGGUCCAACUAUCUUUUGGCGCUACAAGAAAAGGAGAGACUAGAAAGACAACAUGACAACGGGUCAUCCGAUACCUUUUCUUCGCCUGAAAAACCUCUUGCAGAAGCGCGUCGAAACCAAUCAUCUGCUGUCUCAGGUCCCUCAAGGGCAACGAAUCAACCAGUAGCCUCAACUUCUUCGUCUGCAACAGAAACCACUCCUACUUUUACUGAGCGUACAUUCCCGCGAGAGAUUGUUUUGGAUAACACGCCCACCACUCUGGAAAUAUCCAAUGACGUUUUUCCUUUAUUUUAUCGACGCUUUCCUGCAAGCUCUUACUUCAAAGUUCAGGACAGCUCCGAAUGCGACAUAUUCAAAAAAGCUCAUCCUGGUGGAAAUUACAACCCUCCUCGAAACGCAUUCGACCUUUAUACACCUAGAUUCGUCAAAGGUAAAGGGAAGGACAAGAUGGGUAUGUGUCCGAUCUGCAUAGAGGAGGUUGAACGAGGCGGAGAAGGGAAGAAGGUCUGGUUGGCAAUGAAGUUCUCUGCUUAUAAUUACCAUAUGCAGUAUAGUCAUGGAAUAUCCGCAUCGUCGUCUAUGCCCUUCUCUCCCCCUCUCGCCUUCCGAAUGACAUCCAGAUCAUCCAAUCACAAAAGCGAGAAAACCACGAUGAAAGAGGGAAUGUGCCACAAAUGCAUGAAAUGGGUUGCGGUGGAAGGUAUCAAGGAUGUCGAGGUGAAAGUGAAGGAGCUUUUCUGGUGGAAGCAUGCGGCGACAUGCCACUCCUCAACAACGAUUGAAGGAGAAACUGACAUAUUCGAGGAUGACGAAGUUUACGCAAAGUUGAAGGCUCUCGGCUCUGCUGCGGAAACUUCGACCCGAAAACGUUGAACGAAACAGUCCUUCUAUGCGUAUUCUUCGUCAUAACGUUUCCUUCGCUUUCACAGUUGCUAUCAUUAUCUCGUCAUGGCCUCAGCAUCAAGACCCUCUUCAUCCUUCUAUUAUUCGUUCGAACGUCGUCUUGUGUAAUCUAAUCAUGCGGAAAGAUGUUUCUAUAGGCUUCUCUCUUCUCUUCUCACAAUGCAUCUCUAC